UUAUAGAAUGGAUAAAGGAGGCUACAGGAGACAUUGUCAGUAACAGCUCAUUUUUAAACAUAUCAAAUGCUGCAGUUUCUGACAGUGGCUGGUACAUAUGUAAUGCCUCAUCAUCCACUGGAGCCUAUGAUUUCAAAAGAUUUCACAUUCAAGUCAUUGGUCCUCCAACCACCACAGGAAUGACAGAAGUCAUUAGCACAACAGUGCCUCCAGAUAAUAAACCUGCAUUGGUGGCUGCCCUUGUAACAUUGAUCAUCAUCAGUUUGAUCGGCAGUUGCUCAGUGUGCAUUUUUGUAUGCAUUAAAUAUCCAGACAAGGCAUCGUCACUUAAAUGCAUAGUUGAUUGCAUUUGCAUAACAGUGGUCUUCCUCUGUGUUAUUUUGGGCAACAUCUGUGGAGGAGUUUUGUGGAGGACAGUUGAUCCUAAUCAGGAUGUUGGAAUUAUUGUACUGGUAAUAAUCCUCAGUGAUCUUGGAUUUUUUAUCCUGGGUAUUGUUGUUGGCAUGAUCAAAGAUUGGAAAGAACAGACACAGGAUAAAGACAAAGUGCUUAGAGAUAUCCUUGUGAAGCUGCCAAACAUUGUGCUGUCAGUGGCUACAUUUGGUGGAGUCAGUGCAGGCAUAGCCAUUGCUUUCAGCUGUAAAAAUGGUAAGACCAGGCGUGCAUCUAUAACACCUGAAGAGACACAAACUUGUCCAAGAAGAGAGAACUCGGCCAACUCUAAAGACAGUGCAGCAAGUCAAAGUGGUGUUCCCCUACAUGAAGGUAUUGGACAUAACACAAGGGAAGAAAGUGACACAAUCCCUAUGCAGAAGGUAAAAAAGAAGAAAAAAAAGAAGCCUGAAAAACGUUCUAAAGAACCAUAUAUUCAAAAGGUUCCAUCACCAAGGAAAUUACCACCACUGAAAACAUAAAAGCAAAUAUUGUAACAGUAAUCAUUAGUAUUGUAAAUGGCUGUGUAUAAGCUUUAUGUGUUAUAAAUUAUAUGUGCUGUAAAAAGUAGUAUUGUAAAUGAUUGUGUAUAAGCUUGCGGAAUUGUAUUUUCUUUGAAAGAUUUUUGCAGAAAAUGAAAGAAAAUUAUGUGUCAAAUCUUUAAACCCUAUAACCUAAGUUUUUUACCUAUGUUUGUCAAAUAUAAAUCAGAAGUCUGUAUCAGAAGUCUUUUUACAUAUAUAUGAUACUGGUAGUAGAACACUUGGAUGUCAAUUAACCCCAUAGAAGCCAUCACUGCAAACAUGUAUAUGCUGUUCAUUUCUCACUUACCCCAAGGGCCCAGAAUUGCAGAUAAAAAUAUCUUGGAAAUAUUGGCAUUUUGUUCCUUUUUAAACAGUGAUUUAUGAAAAAAGACCACUUUGAAAUAUUGGCAUUUUGU